ACCAGCUCACAUGAAUAUUCAACUGAAAGGUCGUGACCUCCUUACUCUACAGAACUACACAGCAAAUGAGCUGAAGUAUUUGCUGUGGAUGGCCUCAGAUUUGAAACAGAGGAUAAAGCACAAAGGAGAGUAUUUGCCUUUGAUGCGAGGAAAAUCUUUGGCCAUGAUUUUUGAGAAGAGAAGCACAAGAACAAGAUUAUCUGCAGAAACAGGAUUAGCUCUCCUUGGAGGACAUCCUUCCUUCCUUACAACACAAGACAUACAUCUGGGCACUAAUGAGAAUCUCACAGAUACAGCAAGGGUGCUGUCCAGCAUGACAAAUGCGAUCUUGGCUCGAGUUCAUAAGCAUAACGAUCUGGACCUAAUGACGAAAGAAGCCACGAUCCCAGUAAUCAACGGAUUGUCCGAUUUAUACCAUCCUCUCCAGAUUUUAGCUGAUUACCAAACUCUUCAGGAGCACUAUGGCGGGCUGAAUGGGCUCACGAUUGCUUGGAUCGGGGACGGAAACAAUGUCCUCCACUCCAUCAUGACGAGUGCUGCAAAGCUGGGUAUGCACCUGCAUAUUGCGACUCCCAAGGGCUUUGAACCAGACCUGAGAAUAACCAAAAUAACUGAAGAGUACUCCAAAGAGUAUGGUACCAAGUUACUUCUCACAGCAGAUCCUUUGGAAGCUGCAGACGGUGCCAAUGUCUUAGUUACGGAUACAUGGAUAAGUAUGGGACAAGAAGAGGAAAAAGAAGAAAGACUAAAGGCAUUUCAAGGUUAUCAGAUUACAAUGCAGACUGCAAAAUAUGCUGCUUCCAACUGGACUUUUUUACAUUGUUUACCCAGAAAACCUGAAGAAGUUGAUGAUGAAGUAUUUUAUUCUCCUCAGUCAUUGGUUUUCCAGGAGGCUGAAAACAGAAAAUGGACAAUUAUGGCUGUCAUGGUUUCCCUGCUGACGGAUUACUCACCACAGCUACAAAAGCCCACAUUUUGAUGCUUGGAUUCCUGUCAAGAGAAAAAAUAUUCCUCAUUGGCAGAAUAUUCUCGUCCUCAGAUACAUAGAUCUUCUUCAGAGAGGAUCAAGGCAAUGAAUGAUUCUUUAAUAAAACCGUACAGUUAGCU